UUCUUCUGAGUGUGUGUAACUUUAUGGCCAGAUACAUGAGGCCUCCAAACACGUCUUUGUUUGUCAGGAACAUCUCCGAUGAGUCCAGAAAAUGUAAAAGCAUCCAGUUGUGGAACCGGCCACAAAGAGUUACAAAGACCCGUGUAGAGUAGCUGUAAAGACAAGUGACACACAGACCUGCAGGAUCAGAGGGAGGGAAAAGAUUGAAAAGAGAAAGUAAAGCAUGAAGAGGAAAAGGGAACGGAGACAAAGCUUGGAAAUGGCGGCAAAGAAUGGGGAAAAGGAAAAAGAGGUUUAAGAGGAAAAAGCAAGCAGGAAACCCAAGUCUCUCUGGGAGUCGAUAAAAGAGUGUAAAGAUCAAGAUGAAGUUCAAAGUCAAGCAUGGCCAAAGCAUGUUUGAGGAUGUGCGCGAUGCAGAAGAUGCUCUUCACAGCCUGGACAGGAAGUGGGUUUGUGGCCGGCAGAUUGAAAUCCAAUUUGCGCAGGGCGACAGAAAGACACCGAAUCAGAUGAAAGCUAAGGAAAGGAGUUCUCCGGGGGGCAGAUCCUCCCGAUACGACGAUUACGACCGAGACAGCCGCCGCCGCCGCCGAUCACGCAGCCGCAGCUACGAGCGAUACCGAUCACGCAGCCCGUCUUACGAUCGCCGUCGCAGGCGAUCAGAGAGCCCUCGAGAGUCUCGCGGACGGGUGUACGGAAGAGGAAGAAGCAGGAGCCGCGAGGACGAAAGAUACAAGCAGAGGCCUCGGAGAGAGUCCAGAGAAAGAUCCAGAUCGCGAUCCAGAUCGGCGUCCCCGCGAGAGCCCGUCAACCCGCCGUCGACCUCCCACUACGUCGAGGAGGAAGUGAGGCGGGUGCAGUCCACCUCCCGCUCCAGGUCCCGGUCGGUGUCGAGAUCACGCUCACGUUCGCGCUCUCGGUCCCGGUCCUGGGCCGGACACAAGUCAGGAGGACGCUAAGCAGAACCUGCCCCCGAUCCAAACCCUCAGUACGGGCCCGAGCGGCUCAUCGUUAAGAAAAGAUCUGUUUGUUUGACAUGAAUGUAACGUCCACUGAACCAUUUGUAGAAAGCUUGUUUUUUCGCGGCUCCAUUUUAAGAACGAUGCUGGUCCUUGGCUUGGUUUUAUAAAAUUGUUUUUGGUAAUAUUUCCCUGUAGGAAUAUGAAACGGCGGUUUCUGUGUUCAGUGGUAGCCUGACAGGAAUAAUAUAUUGUCUUUUUUAUAUACGGUUACUGACAAAUUUUGUUUUCUAGACCCUAUGCACCCAUUUUUGCAACAAAAAAAAGGAAAAAAAAAAACAACCUUCCCACAUUCAGUAUUUUAGGAGAGAAUCCGCUCUGUUGACGAAUCUGAUCUGUGUUUCUGUGUUUUAUCACGUUCAUAACUAAUCGUGUACUUGUCACUGUGCUGCCCAGCAUUUUCCAGCUGCUUUUCUACAGGCGCCCCUUUAUUUCUCAGUAAGAACCUGUUUUAAACGUGCUUCUGAUCGAUAAUCCGUCACAUCACUGUGUGGUAAUUAUCCUGCAACAUGCGAUUGAGGCAGUUUAGGAUUUUUAUAGUAUAAAGGAGAGCUGGCGACUUCCUGGAUGAUUGAGGGAGAUGCAGAGCGUGGUGACUGGUGGCGGCUCUGUCCAGUACAUGAGUGUCGGUGCUAAAGUGCACAGAAGUGACGCCGUGGUCCUUAAAAGUGUUAAAGUUUUGACUUCAACAAACUGUACGAUGAUUUGUUCUCAUUUUGUGGUGUUUUCCGUAAGAGUAGACCUCCUGAAAAAACAAAAAGGCAUUUACUUAGUGACAUUUCUCCAAACAUGGGCUCUGAGAGGAGGAGCAGAAGUUUCUCGCCAGUGUUUACUCGACUGUGUUGAUGGUUUUUUCAGACUGACUCGUGUCGCUGCAUGUUUUAUCCUCCUCGUCUUCUAUCUUUAGUAGGAAGAAACUGUUAUUUUCUGUAAUAAAUGGAUAACAUUCAGUAUAAGAAAA